AUGUAUUCAAUACUGGGCAAGAGUGUUAUACUGACGAGAAUGUAUCAGUACCUCUCGUACUUGUCGCCAAUCACGCUCCUCAUCUACGUCCUCCUCGUGACGCUCAUCCUCAUGUACAACAAGCGCAGAGCGCGUCUAGUGAAGCUGAUCGACAAGAUACCAGGACCACCGGGCCUGCCGAUUUUGGGCAACACCAUCGAGAUUAAUGUUGAUCAUGACGAACUGUUCACGAGGAUUUUGGGCAUGCGAACGUUGUGGGGACGACGACAGGGCUUCUGCAGGGCGUGGAUUGGCACUCAACCAUAUGUCUUUAUCUCAAAACCGUCAGUAGUCGAGCCAAUCCUGGGAAGCCCGAAGCACAUCGACAAAAGCUCAGACUACAACUAUCUUCAUCCUUGGCUGGGAACUGGACUUCUGACGAGUUCCGGUGUUAAGUGGCAUUCUCGGCGAAAGAUUCUGACGCCGGCUUUUCACUUCAAAAUUCUUGAAGACUUUAUCGAUGUUUUCUCGGAGCAAAGCUCCAUUUUAGCAUCGAAAUUGGCUGUCGAAGUUGAGAAAGAGUCUUUUAAUAUCUUCCCGUACGUGACACUGUGUACUCUGGAUAUUGUUUGUGAAACGGCGAUGGGCAGACAAGUCAAUGCUCAGAGCAACAGUGACUCAGAAUAUGUGAAGGCGGUGUACGAAAUUGGUUCCAUUGUCUUGAAUCGUCAGGCGAAGAUAUGGCUGCAGCCUGACAUCAUAUUCAGGCACACGAAGCACUUUGCCGACCACCAGCGAUGCCUCAAAGUCCUGCACGAUUUCUCAUACCGCGUCAUCCGGGAGCGGAAGGAGAUGAUCAAGAAGAACGAGCUCAGGAAGCUCCAGAAGCUGGCCAACAACAAUAACAACAACAACAACAACAUCAUGGACGGCUUGAGCAUCGAUGUCGUGGGCAAGAAGAAGAGACUCGCCUUCCUGGACCUCCUGAUCGAGGCAUCGCAAGACGGAAAGGUUCUCUCAAACGACGAUAUUCGCGAGGAGGUCGACACAUUCAUGUUUGAAGGACAUGACACCACAUCAGCUGCAAUCAGCUGGACUCUGUUCCUCAUCGGCUCUGACCCGGAAAUUCAAGAGCGGGUCAUUGAGGAAAUCGACCUGGUCAUGGGAGGCGAUCGCGAGCGUGCGCCAACGAUGAAGGAGCUUCUCGACAUGAAAUACCUGGAGUGCUGCAUCAAGGAGGCGCUCAGACUCUACCCCAGUGUGCCCCUGAUCGCGCGCCAGAUCAAGGAGGACGUCAAAAUCGACUCGUACACCAUUCCGGCCGGCACCACCGCUAUGAUCGUCACGUACAUGCUGCACAGGAACCCCGAGAUCUACUACAAACCCGAGCAGUUCAAUCCCGACCGCUUCCUGCCGCAGAACUGCAUCGGACGCCAUCCUUAUGCGUACAUCCCGUUCAGCGCCGGGCCGAGGAACUGCAUCGGCCAGAAGUUCGCCAUUCUGGAGGAGAAAUCUGUGAUUUCCGCCGUGCUGAGGAAAUACAAGAUCGAGGCCGUCGACCGACGGGAGGACCUCACGCUCAUGGGCGAGCUGAUCCUGCGACCCAAGGACGGACUUCGCGUGAGAAUCACGCCGCGCCCUUAGCUUCUGGUCAGCUUGACGGCAUUUGAUCCUUAUUUAGACCAUAGAUGAUAUUUAUUUAAUAAAUAAUGUCCAAUGACA